UCUCCAACUGCACGCCAGUUACCACGUUGUGCUAAUCGCCUGAGUUCUUUGCGCAGGCUCUGCAAUUUUCUUCCACAAAAAUGGAUCGUUGGCGAAUUCGCACAGCGCUGGUGACGGGAGCAUCCUCCGGUAUCGGACUGGCCGCGGCGGAAACGCUGGCACGCCAGGGAAUGAAUGUCAUCGGAUGCGCGCGAAACCUGGAAAAAAUCGAGGCGUUAAACAACACUCUCCCCAAAGGCUCCGGUACCGUCCGCGCCAUCAAGUGCGACAUCACCAAAGAGGAGGACAUCAAGCGCAUGUUUGCGAAGAUCAAUGCCGGCAUGGCCAAACCCGAUACGCUAGUAACCGGCAGCGCGGACCAGUGGCGCGAGAUGAUAGAUGUAAACGUUAUGGGAUUGCCUAUCUGCGCCCGUGAAGCGCUGCGAUUGAUAACCAAGGACCAGAUCACCGACGCAUGGGGCUGCAUGGCUGGACACGCGGUGCCUCCGUGGGCCACCGCCCACUUUUACUCGGCCACCAAACACAUGGUCAUCGCUCUGACGGAGGCGCUGUACCGUGAAGUGAAGGAAAUUUCCAAAAAGAUCCGCGUAACGAGCAUUAGCCCGGGUGGCGUGCAGACCGACUUCGGCAACCGAUGGGUUUGUGAGGAGAAUGUCAAAAAGCUGGCGCUCGCCGGCUCCGGCAUGAAGCUCCUGGAGGCGCAGGACAUUGCCGAUGUCAUUGCCUAUGUCGUCAACGCGCCGCCGUAUGUGUGCAUCAAGGUGCUCAUUAUUGCUCCCACGGAGCAGCCGGCGAUGUAG